UAGUGAUGCUAUUCAGAUAUUUCGAGAUCAUGUUGGUAUGUUUUGCAGAUCUGUCGUCAAAGCUUUGACUUGGUCUGGGAUCUCGUACGAUGGACGCGUCUUCCAGAAACAUGUUCGAUACCUUGAAAGAUCACAUAUGGGACAACCUCAGGCAGCUCGACCCUGACUGGUUCAACGCGCUCGCGGUGAAAGCGUCUAACGAAGAGAAUAACCGAACCGGACUGAACCAACCGAGACCCGCUCACGGGGGGGAGGGCUUCAAAACACCAUUCGGCAAGAACGCAGUAGACAGCCAACCUUUCUCCACCCCCAAGAUAUUCAGACACAGCAGGAGUUUACUAUCCCCUGACCCGCAACAUGAUGGAUCGUUUAUUGAACAAGGGAAGGAGCCUCUUCCAUGGGCUGCUAUGGGGACUGGACUGCAGGGGACGUCCGCAGAACGUUCCUGCUCCAGUACCUCCGUGACCAAACUGUUCCGGAACAGGAACCAUCCAAACCACUUUGAACUACUGGACACACCCCAGCGAACCCUGAAAAUGAUGGAGAGUCUUGGAGCCGAGGUGAACCCUGACGUGUCCUGGACCAGCUCACUCAACACCCCACCUAACAUCCCCUCAACCCUCAUUCUGUCUAAAAACGAGGUGAUGUCCUCUCUUGGAAGCACGUCCGACGACAAAAAUAUCGUUUUUGUCCGGAAGCUCUUCCCGUCUCUAUCGGACGCAUCUGGAGUCAACGUACAAUCGCCCUCUAAGAACCCCAAACCCAACACCCUGCAAACUGUGGUCAGUGGUCGAGAUGGCAGCCAGGAGGGAACGUCGUCAGACUCCAUGCAUUCCUCCCUGGACCAGGGCGACGAACAGUGGAGGCAGACCCUCCCCGACGCCAUCCUGGACAAAGAGCUCCGCGAAGCGGUGGCCGGCGUCCUGGACGGCGCGGAGAACGUCCUCUCCGUGUUCUUCACCAACAGCAGCUCAACUCUCAGGCGGGUCAAAAGCAAGGAGCGGAUCAGACGGAGGCAGAAGGAGCGGACUCGGCACGCCAGGCGGGUCUCCGUGGAAAGGCUUGCAGAGACUGUGGGGAAAACCGAGGGGGAUGAGAAGCUGGAGGGGACCGAUCUCUGCCCUCCGGCCCCUUCUACUCCCCCCGCUCAGAGAGAGACUAGCGGUGGGGCUGGUGCAGAGAGUCAGUGGUCUCCGAUCAGUCUGACAGAGAUCACAGAGGCUGGUUUGGAUAGUUCAGUUGACAAUCUUGGAAAACAACAAGAACCGGAAUCCGGAUAUUUUACGGGAAAAACUGAAUGCAUGUUGGAUCCUUCUAAAGUAACGUUGCAAACGUUGAAUGCAGCAGACUCUCUUUUUAGCAAGAAAAAAAGACAGUUUGUUUAUAACGUUCACAGUCCACUACCUAGAGGGAAGGAAGAACACAAGCCAACUCAGAAAGCACAACAAUCUAAGAUCAUCUCUGAUCAAGAACCGUGUGUGCAUCGGCAGGAGCCAACAGCUGAUGUUCCACCCAGCGUCCAGGACCCUUUGGGGGGAUGUGGUCCAGUUCCUUCUGCGGUGACGGGGACCAGUCAGGAUCUGGACAUGUCCCAGCUCUGCAGAGCCUUAGACCAGGAUUUCACUCAAAUGACGGAGGUUGUAAAAAAACCACAAGAUCUCUUCUCCCCCUCCACCUGUCUGUUACUGGUCAAGGAAAGGAACAAGAAAAUCUUUGCCAACGGGGAGGCAAGCCGGAGGGAGACUGUCUGUCCCCGCGCCGAUAAAGGGCCGGAGCUGACGGGCUAUCGGAGCCACUCCUACGCGGCGCCUGACAGUGGCAUCCUGUCUUGUGCUACCGAUCACCAAAAACUGUGCCGAACGUCUUCCCCUGUUCCCUCCAUAGUCCCUAAGCAAUCGUUCCAUGGUGCAAACUCAACAGGGACCAAAAAGAGACUUGUUCCUUUUACCCCUCUAAGCGCAGAGAAGGAAAGAAGUCUUUAUGACGAAAUGGAGGAGGAUCCACCCGAGUUAAAUCAGUCCGUCCAAUCCCACUCGAUAUCGGGCAUUGAACCAUUGAUUGAAGAGUUCAUCGGGCCUCAAGGAGACCUUGGUGGAGAUGUUUAUACUGAACGCAAUACUGAAGGUCAGACCACUAUGAAGGAGCAAUACAGGUUAGGAUUUCAUCCUUCGACAAGCGGGUCAUCCGGAUUCAAAACGGCCUCAAAUAAGGGGAUUCCGAUUUCUUCAGUGAAUCUGCAGAAAGCCAGGGAUAUCUUUAAAGAGGUUGAGGAGGUAAGCUUUCCAAAUGUUCCGCUCACCAGAAAUGACGAAUCCACAAGGAACGGCAUGAACAAGUCCAUCCUACAAAAUGAUGUCUCAGUUUCAGCCAUUCCAGCCGUCCCAGCCUCGGCCCAAGCCCCCACCCCAGCCUUCGUCCCGGCAGUUUUAGGUGAGAAAAGUGUGUGUAAUCAACACCGUUUGACUGCGUCACAGAAAGCCCAUGUCACAGAGCUGUGUAGCCUUUUAGAGGAAACACACACCCAGUAUGAUUUCACUCUGUUCAAACCUGCAGAGCUGAACAUAACUCAUCAAGAAGUGGAUCUCUCCCCCAAAGCGACAGAUGCAGAAUUAGACCCAGACUCUCUUGUCGGUAUAGUUUUUGAUGACAGUUUUAGCUUCGAUGCUGAAAAGCAUCUCGAUGAAAACAUCCAAAUUCCUCUAGGAUGCAGCAACCACAUGGUUUCACAGGUUUCAACUUUGGACAAUGAAUCAGUUAUUCCCCUGAAAAAGAAUGAAACGUCCACCCCUAUCAAUGUACACACCACCAAACGAAAAGCCACUCUCAAAGCCGUUGAUGUGUCAAAUGGGCAUGAAAAUAAUACCACUAGUUACACUAAAUUACCCAAUCAUCAGGAGAAAUAUCCUUUGAUGUGUAACCUAGGCUUUCAAACUGCUGGUGGUAAGUCCUUCAGUGUUUCAAAGAAGUGUUUGAGCAAAGCCAAAGCUUUGUUUUCAGACCUAGAGGACAGUUAUUUACCAUUCACAGACACUGCUGAUGGCUCCCGUCAUGUAUCGGUAAACAGUGGCACUGCUUCCACUCACCAACAGAUACCUAACCGUAACUCGCACAAUAUUGCUUCUGGUGUAGGAACUAGCAACAAUCUUCAUCUUGAUAGCCCGGUUUCGAACCCCGUAAACGGCGGUGAAAUGGUCUCCAUCACUGGGACACCCUUUUGUCCAAGCAUCUCAAGUGAUAAACCUACAGCUGAAAAACCCGGAUGUGAGAAUAGUCAAUUUCAUAAUGCUAAAGUUAGUGAACUGAAGGGAGGUUUCUCGACGGCCAGUGGGAGAGGCAUUACCAUGUCAGCACGAGCUAUCAAAGCAGCAAGCAGUUUCUUCAAAGAUUUGGAUGCUAUGGUAAACCAGGAUGAUGCUCCACCUCAACAUCGGAAGUGUAACACCGUAAUGGUGAACGAAAAGGAAAGCGACUGCAGCCUUAAAAAGGAAACUUUCACAGAACCUGAGCAGAGGUACCGUGAAAUAGCAAGCGCUUGUGUCGUGCCUUCUGCAUCCUUGGCAACAAAGAGCGAUGAUGACAACCAAACGUAUAACGGUGGUUUCAAGACACCAAUGGCGACGGAUGUUGUUUCUAUCCCCAGGAGAGCACCUCUGAAGGAGCAGUCGGGGUCUGUAUCCUCAGCCUCUGCCACGCUGGUUGUUGGAUCUUACCGUCACGGUGGUUUCUCCACAGCAAGUGGGAAGAAAGUGUCUGUGACGGGUGAAGCACUGGCAAAAGCCCAAACUCUUCUGAAUGAAUGUGAUUUGGUAGAAGAAGUAAAACUGAACGUUGAUGCUUCAACAGCACGCUCUCUUCCCACUCCAUCUCCAAAAGAGGAUUGUUUUAAGCCGGGUGCUAUAAGAAGGUCCACUUUGACCGCAAAGUGUCCUUGCCCUUCCUCUUCAGAGAAUGUUGGCCCCAGUGUGGUUAGUGAGUCAGGUAGUGCUAGGGGUUUCUCUACGGCCAGUGGGAACAUGGUGUCAGUGUCUGACAAGGCCCUGACCAAAGCCAGGUCUCUGCUGAACGAGAAUUUAACCGACAAAGAAAAACAACAAGCUGCUCUAACAGGAAACCAUCAGGGCCAAUCUCCGAAUCCGAUUCUACUGAAACCAAGGGGUGGAUUCCUGACCGCCAGUGGUAAAGGAGUGGCCGUUUCAGCUGCCGCACUUCAAAAGGCGAAAGCAAUGAUGAGUGAUUGCGAUGCCCCUCCAACAGCAGACAAUCAGGGCCAAUCUCUGAAUCCUAUCCCAGGUGGAUUCCAGACCGCCAGUGGUAAAGGAGUGGCCGUUUCAGCUGCCGCACUUCAAAAGGCGAAAGCAAUGAUGAGCGAUUGCGAUGCCCCUAUGGAGGCCCCCGCCCAUUCCAAUGGGCCGACCAAAGCUCCAAGACCUGGCAGUGGUUUUCACGCAGCCACCGGUAAACCCGUACAGGUGUCUUCCGAGGCCCUGCAGAAGGCUAGAUCAGUCUUUGACGACUUAAGUUACGACGCCGAGACCGUUGCCCCCUCGACGUCAACGGAGGAAAAAUUCAGAGAAGGUCCAAGGAAUCUUGAAGGAAUGAAGUUGAGCUUCACCACUGCAAAGGGCGCAAUAGUCCAGGUCUCUGAGGACAAUCUUUUAAAGGCGAAGAACCGUUUGAAUGUAGAAGAAGAGAGUGUUUGUUCUAUGUCUGGUGCUAACUCUCACUUGGAAGAUAAAAAUGAGCUAGAGAUGCUAGAUGUUAACACAACAUUACUGAACAAGGAUAAUCGGAGAACUGAGAAGCAAAUGACUCCCAGAGAAGGAAAUGCUUUCACUUCUACGUGUGAAGAUCUGGCAGGUGAUGCUCAGAGUGCUGAUACGAGUGCUUCAGUGGAAAGUCGGAUACUGGCUGCAGAGAGUGCUCCAAUGGUGUCGGAGAAGAUGACGGUCCAAUCAUAUGGUCCGGUCAAUAUAGCGGGAGAAACGCCCAACGCAACAGGGAAGAGAUCCAUAGAUGAUGCAGAUUUGACUGACCAACCUCCGCUAAAGAGGCGGUUAUUGGAAGAGUUUGAUCGUGCUGUGAAUGGAGAUAGGGCAAGGACCCUGCUGCCUGCUAAAUGUUCUCCCCAGGGUUUUCUUAACGACAGGAGGGUUUUCAAGUACAAGGUCUCCCUGGAGCCACACAUCACCGGGCCACACAGGGAUGGGAAGAGCUUUGUGGUCUACGCCAAUCCGAAGCCCCCCCCAGGCCCGGCUCCCAUUCCCGCCACCCCCCCCGGCCCCCUGGCCUCGGGCUCCAGAGUUCCGGUGUUUGUCCCCCCGUUCCUAAAGAGGAGGAGAACCGACACCCCCCAGUCCAACCCGGACCCCCAAGGCACGACCAGGGCCAGGACCCCUGCUGUGUUCAUCCCUCCCUUCAAGAAACCCCUACAACCCCCCACACCUCUCCCUCUCCCUCUCCCUCCUUCUUCACCGACACCGGCUGAAACCAGCCCGUACGUCCGACCGGCGACCAUAACGACCAAAGGCACUGCGAUGGUAACGGAGACCCACGGAGAAGGAAGAGGGAGCGGUUGUCAUGACAGCGAGGCAGAUGGCGUCCCAGGGGAGUCUGCUGCAACCGCCUGUGACCCGGCAACUAGAAACCUGGACGUGGAGCAGGACCCGGUGGACCCUGAGGGCCUCCGGGACCUCCGUCUCGCGCGGGACCUCCAGGACAUGAGGCUCAGGAAGAAGAAGCGCCAGACCGUCCGUCCGCUCCCUGGGAGCCUGUUCCUGGCCAAGGCCUCGGGCGGGGCCAGGAUCCCGCUCCGGGCCGCCGUCUGCGGGCUCCCUCCCGGCCGCCACUCCCCCCAGCAGCUGUACCAACAUGGAGUCCACCAGCCGGUGUGGACGGUGACGGCGGAGAACGCUGAGUCGUUCCGGCUCUCCUUCCGGAGGUUCUUCAGGGGGGGAUCGCUCGGUGAGCAGGGGGGGGUCCAGCUGGCGGACGGAGGCUGGCUCGUCCCCCGCGAUGACUGGACCCUGGGCAAGGAGGAGUUCUACAGGGCUCUGUGUGACAGCCCGGGGGUGGACGUGAAGCUGCUGAGCCAGGAGUGGGCGUACAACCACUACCGCUGGGUGGUCUGGAAGCUAGCCUCCAUGGAGAGAUCCUUCCCUUUGACCAUGGCAAGCCUCUGGCUGAACCCAGAACAGAUUCUCCUCCAGCUCAAAUACCGCUACGACGUGGAGGUGGACCACAGCCGGCGCCCGGCCUUGAGGAAGAUCACGGAGCGGGAUGACGCGGCCGCCAAGACCCUGGUCCUCUGUGUCUGUGGGGUGGUCCGCCCGGGACCGGACCCCGGCGCCCCCAACGGGCCUGCCGACCAGCAGACCCCCAAGGCCGAGUCCCACGCCCCUCCCCCGGGCGUGGUGUGGCUGACGGACGGCUGGUACGCCAUCAAAGCCCAGCUGGACGCCCCGCUGACGGCGAUGCUGCGGCGCGGGCGCCUGGAGCCGGGCGGGAAGCUGGUGGUGUAUGGAGCCGAGCUGGUGGGGUCCCAGGACGGCUGCUCCCCCCUCGAGGCCCCCGAGGGCCUCAUGUUGAAGAUCGGGGCCAACAGCUGCAGACGGGCCCGUUGGGACGCUAAACUGGGCUUCCAGCGCGACCCCCGCCCCUUCCUGCUGCGCCUGUCCUCUCUGUUCAGCACCGGGGGGGCGGUCGGCUGUGUAGACCUCCUCAUACUCAGGAGCUACCCCGUCCUGUGGAUGGAGAAGAAGCAAGAUGGCGUCUUUGUGUUCCGUAGCGGGCGAGCAGAAGAGCGCGAGGCUCGGAGGUACGACGACCACAACAAUAAAACCAUGGAGGCCCUCUACGCCAAGAUCCAGGCGGACAUCCAGAGAGAGGACAAAGGUACCGACCCGCCCGCUCGGAGGAGGACUCUGAGGCAGAAGGACGUGGAGAAGUUGAGCGAUGGAGAGGAGCUCUACGAAGCGUUUGAGAACGACCCUGCUUACCUGGAGGCGUGUUUGAAUGAUCAGCAGCUGGAGGUCCUUCAGAGCUACCGGCGCUCUGUCCUGGAGAAGAGGCAGGCUGGGCUCCAGGAGCGCUGCAGACGGGCCCUGGAGCAAGCCCAGGAGAGCCAGGGAGGCUGUCCCCGACGAGACGUCACCCCGGUCUGGAAGCUGUGUGUCGUAGACGCCCGGGCGCCGCCCGGCGACUCUGUCUACAUGUUGAACGUGUGGAGGCCUCCAGCCGACCUGCAGGCUCAGCUGAAGGAGGGCGCUCGGUACCGCGUCUACAACCUCUCCGUCACGGCUGGCAAAAAGCGUAACCCUGGGGCGUCUGUCCAGCUGACCGCCACCAGCAAGACACACUUCCAGGAAGUACAGGUGGGCCAGGACUGGCUGUCGGAUCAUUUCCAGGCCAGACAGUCGGUCCACUUCCAGGAGCUCCAGUGCCCAGAGGUGCAGACCGCCUGUGGAGAGGUGGACCUGGUGGGAUACGUCGUCACCACCGCAGACAUGCACGGUACCUCCCCGGUGGUGUACCUGGUGGACGGGGACCUGAACCUGGUGAAGGUCCGCUGCUUCUCCUCCCUCCUCCAGUGGGGGCUGGAGGAGCUGGUGAAGCCAGCCACGCUGCUGGCUCUGAGCAACCUGCAGCUCAGCGCCCGGCGUGCCACCACACUUCCAGUCCUGUACGCCAGCGACCUCACUGCCUUCUCCUCCAACCCCCGCGAAGCCCACCUGCAAAGCGCCCUCGCACAGCUGAGAACGCAGACCCGGGCUCAGGACGGGUUCCUCCAGCGAGCUCAGGAGACGCUCAGCUGCUGGAACCAGGGAGAGGCCGCGGGCUCUUCGCCCUGGUCGAACCGGCCCAGGACCCCGGCCAUUCCAACAGCCCCGGGUCGACCAAGCCCUGCAGUCUGCUCCGACGGCCCUGUGUGGCAGGUGACUCCCCAUCAGCCGACCAGGCUCUUCUCCGCCACCUCGUCCUCCACUCCCCAGACCGACGACCCUCCUCCUCCUCCCCCGACGAGCGACCCUAAGACCCUGCGUCGCAGGAGAGCUCUGGACUAUCUGUCUCGCAUGCCAUCACCCCCGCCGCUCGGCCCCCUGGGAAGUCUGGCGUCGCCCGCCUGCGUCAAAAAGACCUUCAACCCCCCACGCAGGUCCACGACGCCGGCCGCCGUUGCGACGACGAGACACGUGGUCGCCGUGGAAACGACGACCCCAGCUCCACGGACCACGGGUCGGACCAUGAAGGAGGAGCAGGAGGAGGAGUGGGAGAACGAUGAAGGACUAGCGCAGAUUGACACGCAGGUCCUGCAUGGUGGAGGUGAGGCCUCCUGACCAGUAGGGGGCAGCACUCCGGUCGUUCCGCUGCUUAGACCCGUUGGAAAAACUUGUUUUGUUCUUGUUGCACUGGAAUCAUUGACUGACGGUUAAGUUGUUAUCGAUUGAGAAAUCAGGGGAUGAGUUGCUAUAAAUCACCUUUUGUUAGUGUCAAUUCUUGAAUAUUUAUAUUUUGGUCAAACUGUAAGAUAAUAAAAACA